AUGUUUGCUGCAAAGCGCCUCCUCCGCCCCCUUCCUAUUCGCAGGACUCUGUCUACCACAUCAUGUAUACGGUCAGACGCACUCUUUGUGCAUCGGGACACACCAUACAACAACCCUAAGAUACCGUUCGAAUUUUCCACGGAGAACAUGAAACGCGCAGAAGAGAUCAUCUCGCACUACCCGCCACAGUACAAGAAGGCCGCCGUCAUCCCGCUACUCGACCUUGGCCAGCGCCAGAACAAGGGCUGGACAAGCAUCAGCGUCAUGAAUUACGUCGCGAAGCUCCUCGAGAUGCCGCCCAUGCGCGUGUACGAAGUCGCCACCUUCUACACCAUGUUCAACCGGGAACCGAUCGGCCAGAAUUUUGUUCAGGUGUGCACGACGACGCCGUGCAUGCUGCGCGGCUCGUAUGAGAUCCUCGAUACCGUCUGUCAAACGCUUGGCGGAAUCAAACCCGGCAUGACGACCAAGGACGGAAAGUUCACCGUUAUCGAGGUCGAGUGCCAGGGUGCGUGCAGCAAUGCGCCAAUGAUGGUGGUGAACGAUGACUUCUACGAGGAUCUCACUCCCGAGACAACUAAGAAGGUGCUGCAGGCUUUCGCCAAGGGCCAGAAGCCAAAGUCCGGCCCACAGGGCGGCCGGCAUACGAGCGAGAACUCUGCUGGCCUGACCGCCCUCUCGUCCAAGCCAUACGGUCCGGGAGAGUUCUGCUCGCCAGAGUUUGCAUAG